UCGUACGAAAUGACAGUUUAUCGAUUGCUCUAUCAAUGAAACUGACAACAGGGGUGAAUCGUCGCGUCGCGUCGUCGCGUCAGAUCGUAAAGGAUAAUCCGAUAACACCAUGAGCGUAAGCUUUUCGUUUACAAUUUACAAUUUACAACACCCGUAAAAAUUUCGGGUGUCUAGUAACAUAUAAUAUAGAAUAAUGGUAACGUGUUUCAAUAAAAUAAGCGAUAAGGGGUGAAUCAGAGCGUUGAGCAUCGCUAGAAAUGAAUUAGAUGUAGGGGGAGUUCACUUACAAUUAGUAUCGGACAUUAGCUAUAUCUGAAAGAACUGAAAUGUGACAAAAUUGCUUCAACAGUCAAAACAUAGGAGAAGAUGAAACAAACGUUUCAGGGUUGAAAGAAUUUUGUCACAUUUCAGUUGUUUUAGAUAUAGGUAAUGUCCGAUACUAGGGGAACUUCCGCUAAUUUAAUAUGUGGGACCGAGCCGAUAGCUCGGUGGAAAUUUCUAAUCGAGAGAAACAAGAAUAAACGUAGAUUUAAGAAGAGAGUCAGACCGAGCCCAAAGCUAUAGGUAGGUAGAAGCCCGUGUAUACAAUAAUCGAAGACUGUUACAGGAGAAGGCUCGAGUUAAAGACGUGCUCGUUCUAAACGAACAGAUCUAUUCGAUGUGCGGUGUUUGGCCAUUGAGCAGGUCAUACACGAAAUUCGUCAUGUAUGCGUCCUAUAUUUCCGUUCACUUGGUCAUCAUGAAUAUGAAUCUCUACGACGUGAUGGGAGAUUUGGAGCUGACAGUUAAGAAUAUAACAGACAACACGAUCGUGACGACAACCUUUCUGAUGUUGUUUCAACUCCGCUUCAGCAAAUUGAUCAAGAACGUGAUUACAAUAGUAAAAGAGGAACUAACGAGUAGUGAUUUUGAAAAUAUCCAUGAACUUGGCUUGUAUCUAUCUUACAAUAAAAUAUCCAAUACUUUUGGCAAAUACGCGAUUAGAGGAUGCAUUAUCACCUGGGUAUGGUGGUAUACAACUCCUAUGUUACAUGCGGUGCUAUCGGGCUCAGUUACAGGAAAAAGCAACGAUUCAGCAGCUUUCUUUCUACCCUUUCCUGUUCGUGGUUUUGUCCAUUACGAAGACAACUUUCAAAAUUAUUUAAUGAUGUACGUGUAUCAAUUUCCUAUGCUGUUUGUCGCACUAUUUCAUACAAACACUGUUAGUUUGAUUUUUAAUUUGGUGCUGCACGUGUGUGGGAAAUUUUCAAUCUUGUCGCAUCGUAUUCAAAAUAUUCAAGUAGAUUCACUUUCGGUCAAUCAAUUUCCUAGUAUAAUUAAAGAGUUGGUGAAUAAGCAUCUAAAACUGAUCGUGAUGGCAAGAAUGCUCAAUUCAGCACUUGAUACUAUUCUCUUGAUAGAGCUGAUACAAACGAGUAUAAGGAUGGGCGUACUCGUCUAUAUGUUGUCGACCAACAUGGGAAAUUUUCUGAAUGCUCUCAGGUUCACGUUAUACAUUAUUGCGGUCACUUCUAUACUUUAUUUGUACUCGUAUAUAGGCGAAUGCAUGGCGCAGGAGUCAACGAGAGUGAUCGAAGCGUACUAUGAUUUCAACUGGUUGAAAUUAUCAACAAAAGAUCAAAAAACAUUGUUGCUUUGUAUGAUCACCGGGCGAAGAACGAUGUACAUAACUGCUGGCAAAAUUUACGUAUUCUCCUUAUUCGGUUUUAUCGGCAUCUUGAAAACCUCGUUCGGAUUUGUUUCCCUCUUACAAGCUCUGAUUUAAUUCAGAAGAUAAACAUUUCAACCGAAC